AUGUUUACAAGUCAUUUGACUUUUGCCAAAUGGUCAUCAAAUCAUUUUCUCGAUCUAUUAUCUUCUGAUAUAAUGCUCAAUCGAUUUUGUUUACAAAUUUUACCUUCGAUACAUGAUAAAGUUCAACAACUUGAUCUUAAUUCAUCAUUUAUAAAACAUGUUUUAUGUGCUGCUAAUUAUCCUAAUUUACAUAGUCUUACUCUUCAUAAUAUUAAUGAAAAGUCAGCUGAAUAUCUUAUAGAUCAAACUCUUUCGGAUAUUUUCAAAAAACAAAUAAGAACACUUUCUAUUACAAUAUGUGAUGAUUAUGAUGAUGCUGAUGAAAUGACACGAUCAGUUGCAAAGAUAUUUGAUAAAAUCUUGAACGUUUUUAUUAAUUUGACAAGUUUUGUAUUAAAUGACGCAUGGUAUAAAAUUCGUGUUCGAUUAACUUUUCACAAUCCAUUUUUUCAUAAUAUUCGUUCUUCAACUCUUUCGAAAUUAAUUAUUCGUGUAGAAUCUAUUAAUGAUUGUCUCUAUCUUCUUGAUGGUCGUUAUAAUCAACUUCAUACAUUUCAUGUUGACAUACUUGGUAUUGCAUUUCAAAAUAGAACUAUAAAUCAAGAUCAUUUACCAAAUCUAAAGUGUUUUUCUCUUUCGUGUGCAGAUAGCACAACCCAUUAUGACGAUGCAGUUCUUCCACUUUUUCGUCGAAUGUCAAAUCUAGAAGAACUCACUUUAUGUCUCACGGUGUGGUGUCAAAAAGCAGUAAUUGAUGGAAAGCAUUUAAAGACAAAUAUCCUUAAACAUAUGCCACAGUUAAAUCAAUUUACAUUUUUUAUUCACUCAUUCUGUCAUGCUACUCAUUCAAUGCGUUUACCAUCGUCAGAAGUUAUUCAAAAGACAAUCGUUGACUUUCCAAAUGAUAACAUCACUUCUUAUAUGGAUAUUCUUCCACAUACAGAACAAGUUCAAUGUCAUAUUUACUCAUAUCCAUUUAUGAUGCGAUAUUAUACAGGUAUUUCAAAUGUUUUUCCAGGUGGACUAUUUGAACAUGUUCGUUCAGUUUCAUUAAUUGAUGAACGUCCUUUUCAACAUGAAUUUUUUGUUCGAAUUCAGAAAUCAUUUCCAUUUAUGCAAGAAUUAUCUUUGGUUAAUUAUGAAGCACAAAAUCAAACGCAAUCUUUUCAAUCAAACGGCGAUAAUGGAAAUUUAUCAGUUAUUAAAUAUACUUCUCUUUGUAAACUUUAUAUUGACAGGGCUCAUAAUGAUUACGUAGAAGAAUUUCUUCUUGAUACCAAAACAUGUUUACAAAAUAAUAUUGCUCUUUUUGUUAAUUAUGAAUCUUUACAACGAGUAACACAUAAUUUCACAAGAGAUGCUACUCGAAAUAAUUAUUAUAAAAUAAUUAAAUUAAAUUUAUGUGAUCGAGCAGAACACUGCAAUGCUUUAGAAAAAUAUUUUUCUAAUGCAAAAAUAUGCUUUAGAAAAAAACGUUAUUGA